AUGCGUGAGUUUCGUAAAAUUUCAUCCGUGCAUUUGUUUCUAUUGGACCACCUGGCAGUUUCUUCAUCAGCUCCUCAUGAAGAAAUAGUAUUUUGACUUUGUUGGGAGCACUCUCCCUAGAAGCAAGGGUAUAUCUAUUAGAUAUCUGGUGGAUAUCUAUUUUUCGAGAUACGCGGAAACCGACGGAAGCUGCAGGUGUAGCUUUCAUUUCGCCACUGUGCCUAACACGAUGCCCUUAAAUUUUCCGAUUUUUAUCUCAUCCCGCGCCUACAAACCCAUGCAUUAAGUUUACUAUGAACGCUCCCGAUCACUAGCGAUCGGCGUAUUAAUACGCCGCCGUAUAUGCAUAUGAAGGACGAGUAAGGUUUUUGAAGACAUAAAAUUUGGAAAAUGCGUACUGAAAAAGACCGUAAAAUAGAGAAAUAUGUACAUAUAUUCAACCGAGCCUCUUCGGGCUUUCAAGGUAAUUGGUGCCGAGGCCUUGGGGGCAAGUUGAAGUUGAUCCCGAGGAUGGACCAGGCGUUUAUUCCACAAAGCGGACGGAAAUUUGUGAUAUUUUCUGCUCAUCCCAUACCUCACGAUUUUUUGCAGCGUGAUAUUUUUGCACGUUUCCCGAAGCAGUCUAAUGAUCGCUUCAGUCGCCUCCUAAAGGCUGGCUCUAACUGGGACAGCGUGGCAUUCCCAGUACCGUUCCAGGACGCAAAUACCCCUGUAUAUGACGAAGUGACUUUCGUAACACAUGCGUACCAGUUAUUACCUCAUAGACCUUUGACCCGGAGAGGCCAUCCUUAUUUUACGUCCCUUGAAGUUGACAUAGACGCUUGUCUAAGCUGUGUGCAACCCGAAAACCAAAACCGACUAACUGAUUGAAUUUCGAAAUUUGCAAUUUACUGAGCACAAGCAAAUGAAAAUUAAACAGAAAAUGUGUAUUUCGCAUUCCGAUAAUGGAGAAUUUUUUGGAGUGGGACAGUUUCCAUCUCAUUCAAUACGGUACAUAUUUAUAUACUGGCCCAUAGAAAUGGUAGGACUAAUGUGGCGGUUGAGCAAGCUACCAAAGACAAAAAUGUCACACAUGCUUAACACAGACCCCUACAUGAAGAGUUUGCUACGUAAUUAUGCUAUUUGCGGCUGCUAGGUGCAUUGCUGGGCCUAAAAAAUAGCACACUUGACCCGAAAAACUUCUGAGGCGUCCAAAGAGACUGCAAGCAUGACUGAAGUGGAAGAAUUUGUCAUGAACAUCAUCAUUUAACCUGGCUACUGUCUGAGGCUUUCUGUAUGCGGUCUUUUUCAUAUCGAGCUGACAUCUCUUGUUGUGUAACCGUGCAUAUUUCCAAAACCCUUAGUCUUACAAACGGGACAUGAAGCUCAUACAGAAGACUAGUGCCCCGGGGAGAUGUGUCACCCAGAUGUGUACUUGAAAAAUCAUUGUCCAGAUUGUGGAAGGCCUAUCAACUCUGCUGCGGUGGACCGUUUAUUCGCUAUAAGUUCCCUUUUCUCAUACGCGAGAAGUCGUCUAGUCACUUGACGCUCCAUUGAUAGGUACUCUGAAAAGCAAAUUACCCGCUCGUUGAGACAGUUUGUUGCUCGGCUUCAGAGGGCAUUGGUGACUCUGACCAUGUUAGCGUGGGGCUCAAUUACGAGUUGAACUAAUCUUCGUCGAAAAUGUGCGCCCCGCGAGGAAGUGCGGUGUCCAGUCUCAAGAACACUGCCGUCCCCUCGCCACAAUAACUCAGGAAACAGUCAUUUUUGGUGUGUUUUUUCUCAAAAGCAACUGGUUUGGACUGAAGCAUUCACUUAGGGAUAUCUUUUUGUAUUGAACCUCUGUUAGGACGGUCCGACUGACUGGUAGUGCAAGGUCUGCUGCCACUCAGGGCCAUCCUGCAAGGCAUGAUCGCAACGAAGUGUAGAGUAAAUUACCCAAAAUUUGUCUGCAUUUAAGCCAACUCUGAGAUUAGAUGGUAGUGCUUUCUAAAGGGGAACCGGGCUGUUUGCGUCAAUCAUAAAAGAAAGUCGAGAUACAUUCAUGGCCUCACUGUUCUCCACAUUAGUGGUAGAGUACGCAAUCCAUUUAUCUUAUAAACUUGGCAGGUUUGAUCAUCAUCCGUUUUUCAAUUUCGUGACGCCCCGGCACCAAACUGCAACUAACCGUCUGUCCUUCAGCAACUUCGCAGUUGAAACACGAAGCAUCCAACAGGGUCUGUCUUCCAGCAGCAAUCUACAAGUUCUCUAUUGGAAGUACCAGCUGAUAGAUCGCACUGUACCCAGGAUAAUAUUUAAGAAACAUGUAUCGCACCAAUGGAUUUGUGUGGCGCUAACUUUACGCCGGCACGUUCUACAUAACGGUGAGCAGGUGUAUCUCCCGUUAGCCAUUUAAAACUCUCCAUGUAAGCGAGGGGCCAACAUGCGAUGCUUCGGAACAAAUCUGCGUGCAUAACGAAACCAGCACAUUCCGUAACUUGAUCAGUGAGCACCCAUCUGUCGUAAUUGAUAUUCCCGAUCACAACCGACAUGACAACGGACCCGUGGCUCAAUGGUCGAGUGUCGAACUCCAUGACCAAAGGUCCCGAGUUCGAAUCUCAAAUGGUCCACACUUGGGGUUGGGUAUGAGUGGCUGAUGACUUCUAAUAAGCCAGAAGUGGCUAUUCCGGUCUCCCUUGUCUUUGUCUGUAGCAUCUCGCAACUUUACUUUCGCUAAUGGUUGUUGUCAGCAAGGACCUUCUAAAGGGAGCUCAGCCUUUAUACUGGACUCAGCAAUGUGCUGUACCUCUCUCAGCAGGUUGACCACACAGUCAACGACGCUUGUACGUGUGUGCCAACUCAACGUCCAACCAGCACGAUAGAGAGACCUGUUACCUGCGACCACAAGAACUGUUUGAAAUAUUCGUCGUUAUCUUCCAGCCAUUUCUGUGCACUAAAGGCGUAAGGGCUGGGUCUAGCGACUCGCCAAUUCGGGCUUGGCUGUCGAUGUGAGAGUAGUGAAGGAAUAUUCAGCCGAUAUUACACUCAAACCGAAAAAUUUUCUUGCAUAAAUCGUUUCGAUCAAGAAUACCCCCACCCCCAGUCGGUAGGUGUGUGAGUUUAAAUCAUAGAAAAAUAGGUUUUCACCAUAAUAAAUGCAAAGUCUAUCACAAAAUGUUAACUGCUGAUAGGCCUCAAAAACAGCGAGAUCUGCUUAGGGUUUGAGAGAAGAUAAAAAACCCAGAUGCUUCAGACCGUUUCACGAUGUGGCGAAUCGUUUUGCAAUGACCUGGAUCCUAUUGAGUAUGCUGAAGGCAUAAGGCUCCAAAAACAGGCACGAUCUUCUCUCCGACUACUCUUGACCACUUCAGUAUGGGGAACCAUGUUUAGAGUCUGCUGUACUUCAUACACCGAUUAAUUGGGCUUACAUAUAAAUAGCCUCAAAUGAAAGCUGAAGGUAUUCAUUAUUUACUUUCAAGGUAAAUGUGUGGGUAUCUCUAGCUAGCAUACUAAUGAUUCUCUCGGUGUCUAAACACUUGUGGACCUAACUGAAAGUACGCCCAUGAACUCCUUGCUAAAUAUGCCACUACAUGGUCCGAAAAAAGCUGGUCGAGCAUCGGCACAAUUUGUCAAUUUUUCUGACCUCUGGAGGUAAUGCCGCCGCCACCUGCGUAAGUGAUCGUUGAUUGGCUGUCACCCCUCAUAGCUGUCGCUUUUUCUGUUGCCCAUGUCAUAUCUAACGAUUGACUUCUGCACGAGCUCGGAAAAAUAGACAAAUCGUCCCGGUGCUAUACUAGUCUCCUCCCUUCUUAUACAUACACCUGGAACUCGAACAUUCGUCGUCAAAUGCUUUUGCGGUUUUCUCUGUUCUCGAGGUUGUCACUUAAACGCGUUUCAAGAGGCUUGCUUUUGAUCCGUCUAAUAGAAUUAUCUCACUGUUCUUCCUUCUGUUUUAGGCGGUAUACCUAAAAGCACACUCCAGUCUUGACUAUUUUGGCUUUGGUUUUACAUUUUAGCCCGCAAACGUGAGUCUUCCCAGCCCCUCCGAGUGUCACUCCGGAAGAAGAGUAAAAUCGACGAGCCUCCACCCCAAGUUCCCAAAUUAGGUGCGUUUUACCUUUCCUGCACAUGCUAUGGAACUUCGUCACCACUGACGCUGUCUGCAUCGACUGUGCGCCCAUGCGUGAUCCUCUAGGUCGGAACUCUCUUACUCGGUGACCGGAAUUUUUUGUGCUCUUUUUGAGUUUUUGCCCGCUUGCGCCCUGGCUUGCAUUUUUCGGCAGGUGCUUCCGACUGGGCUGUAGGAACGGACGCGUGCGCCCUUGCGUUCAGUUGGCCCUUGCAAAGAGAAGAUGAUAGUAGGCGUUCCGAGGAAUCAUUGAAUCUACCCCUGAAUGAUCGUGGGAAAAGUAGUCAUCACUCAGGUUGCGGGGCAUACACGUCCCGAUGCGCCUUGGGAACCCAUCUGCAGUCCUUCCUGCUGUUCUCCAUUAGGAGUGUGGUUCGUGCGCGCCUACAACGGGUCACGCGGGGGGUUUUCUGAACGGGGACAGGACUUAGAUCGGGACACGGCACGGGUUAUUUGGCGGCACGCCUGGGCGCAGGCUCGUGCCGCGCCAUCCACCCGCACCCACAUCAGAUGGCUGACCGGUUCGCACAGUCGACCGAUGCUUGGGGGGGAGGUGACGGAGAGAGUGACGUCCAUUCUGAGAAUUUCGUCCCCACGGAACUCAACGUAUGCGCCUCUCAGUAUAAACAAUCCGACGCGCUUUUAAAUCACUACGGUGCCGCUAAAAGCCGUGGCUUGGGAGGCUCCCAACCGACGGGACAAUUCGAUCCUCCGCACAGAACGGAGAGUCAGGCUGCAAUGGUCCCUUCACAAUGGCGCUUCCACGCAAAUGGGAUCCGAGCCGUCCCCUUCUUGUUUUUGUGAAAGCCUGGUCCAUCGUGCGUGGACUGGGCGUGUGUGACACGCGCAGCCACCGCGUCCGACCCCUCCUUCCGGGCUCAGGUGGGUGGGUGGCUGGGUGAGGGAGGGGAGAGUAGGUGGGCUAACUCAUGAAAUGUCAACCGAAAUUCCGAAAUGUGUUUUCGUUUUGAAAAGAUUACUUAAGUAGGGUUGUAAAACUAGACAGCCUGCUACAUAAUUAUAUAAUAUUUCAGUUACCUCAGGAUGCCGGCCUUCGAGUGAAUUUCCUUCCGACUGCAUGCGCAAGCUACACUCUGUAAAAAAUGUCUCCUUAAGUAGCAUGAAUUUUUCUCAUUGAUUUUUGAUUCCCCUAAAAGUCCAAGUAUAUUUAAAGGAAAACAUGCACAGAAAUAUUCAUUCAUUUACUCAUUCAGUAGAUAAUUACGUCUUCUUCUAAUUUGAUGCUCAAAGGAGGGAGAUAAUUCGAUUUUAAAAAGUUUCUAAUUGUGGGACUUUUAAAUACCGUGAAAUGGCCGUUCAUAAAUCGUCAUAUCUCUGCAUUUACCAAUGUGGCUUGUAAAGUUAACAAUGUGACUCAAAUCCACUGCUAAAUUUUAUGAACCCAAUAUCGUCCCCCUUUAGUACAGUAGAGAAAUGUGUGGUUUUUCGUACGCGGACAUUAUACGGCUUGUAGUUUGGAAACCCUGAAUGCAAGUGUGACGGCAGAGCAGGUCCAAAAUUAUUCGGGAAAUGGGAAAGUUCUUGAAAACCGAAUUAUACCCUUCCUUCGAGCAUAAGAUUGGAAGAAGACGUAAUUUUCUACCGAAUGAGCAAAAGAAUGAGUAUUUUUUUGCAUGUUUUCCAUGAAAUAUGAUGGAAUUCUUGAGGGCAUCGAAAAUCAAUGCGAAAAAAUCAUGCUACUUAAGUAGUCACCUUUUACAGAGUGUAGUUUUUGCAUGCGACCAGAAGGAAGUUCGUUCGAAAGCCGGCAUCCUGAGGUAACUCAAUUAUUGUAGAAUCAUGCAGCACAAUGAUUAGUUUUGCAACCCUAUUUAAUUAAUCUUUUCGAAACGAAAACGCAUUUCAGAAUUUCGGUUGACAUCUCAUGAGUUCGCACAUCUACUGUAGUGCAAGUCUACUACUUUGUCAGCCACCGCGUCCCAUCCCUCCUUCGGUCUUCUUCGCCCAGUCCUGCCACCGGGCUCAGGUGGGUGGGUGAGGGAGGGAGGAGAGAUUGCGGCAGAUAUAGUGCAAGUCUACUAUCACGACAAACUAAUUCACGCGUAAGCCACUGUCUCUGCGCCCACCAUCCUCUCGGACACAUGGUGGACAUCGUCGGUAACGAAGGUCUAGCUGUCGUGUCGUCAGUUCGUGCGCAGGAGUGUGGGGGGUGGGGUAGAGCAGCCGCAAUCAACGCCCUCAUGUUUCCAAUGCUAUUGGAUGGGGACGGGGGAAGGGGGGAACUUUGCCCGGUGGCCUGGUGUGGUGGGGAGGAAGCCCGUGUGGAGGUACACCAUCAGUUGUUCAGCCGACUCACGUAAGAACUGCCGAGGAAUAGUCCGUUAGACUCGCCCAAGUCCACGUUAACGGGGUUUCCGCUGUUAUAUUGAAGUCUAAGCAGGCCGUCAGUCAAAACUUUUCCACUCCCCUCUGUCUAUCCUGGAAACUAUAAGCAGUUUGUAAACGUUGUUUUCAUAAGGGAUGGACCAACGCUGUAGCAACAGGAGCUCCUCACACUGAAUCCACCGUAAGGAUAUCAGAUACUUCCAUGGUCCCCACAAUCGCAUCUUAUGCGCGCCCUAUCUCACACUCUUGUCCACGUUAUAAUCCUUCAUUUUCGUAUCUGUGUAUCCUUUUUUUCCCUUUCUACUUCCACAUAGAUGACACUGCUCGCGCUCCUUCGGCCGUUCCUGGCCCUCCCGUCAAGCCUUCUCCGAAGGCCGGUAGGAAGAAGACGGCCAGUGAAGUCAAGCUACUAAUCAAGGGUCUGGCGCCGGUUGACGUGGAAUGCGUGGAGAAAGUAAAUACUGCCCACGUCUACUCCGAGGCCGGUGUGGUGUACCAUUUCAUGUUGAACCAGGUAUGGUGGCGCUGUCCUUCUAUGUGUGUCCUCCGCUUUGCUUGCACAGUGUGGGAGGCCUUUAGGAAGGAGUCAUUUACAUGGAUGGACAGUCGCGUUACAUGUCCAGCCACACAAACUGGCCAUCCCGCUGUGCCACGAUAGUUUGACAGUCGCAAGUGACGACGUCCACUGCCGGAUUUAGAGAGUGGACGCUGCAGCAGUAACUUGCACAGCAUCUACCGCACCCUCUCUCUCCCCUCGCCCACCUUGCGCCGGUAACAAGACAACGUCAUGACAACCGGCGGUGGACGGGGUCACAGUGGCGGACAAAGUUAAACACCACAUUCACGUGCGUCACACACACGACCAGGUCCCCGCUUAAUGUACCAAGCUACAAUAAGGGCGAUUCGGACCUUACAUCAAUGCCGUAAGGGCCACAUUAAGGUGGAGUUAUUGCAGCCUGACUCCUAGUCAUCAGGUUAAUCCAAAAUACUGCCCUGUCAGUCGACAACGUUCCAAUCCACGACUCUUAGCUCCUCGUGAUAUAUACAAGCGUUUCAUAUCUAUUACAGUGAGGAAUGUUCUGACUAGCCGUGGGAGUGGAUUCCCUAUUGCCGACCUCACUUUCUCGCCCCUAUCUAUGUACCAGUGAACUGUUUGAGCCUGUUAAACAGCGAGGUAUUCGACUGGACGCGGUGUCAAGACCUACGGCAGUAGUUAUGGACUGGGGCGAAUUCAGCGCAGUCGGAUAAACACGUGCCGUGGGCCAACCUGACCCCGUUCUGGCCUGGCUCAUUCACAGCGCAGCCGGUUGUUAGAUCACCCUGUCCUACUUGGUAUCUCAUUAUAAUCCAUGACCAUACGGUGUUCAAGUUGAAGAAGUAUGGGAUUUUUUUAAAUUACUGUCUGAUUAACUUUGUGCCUUUGUAAGAAAAUAUACAUGCACCAGUUGGAAGCCAAACCAAACUCAAGAGUGCUCCGAACGGAGCGACUCCGGCACGUUAUCCGCCUCGACUGUUGAAUGAAGCCAUUGUAGGGCUAGCCACGGUGAGAUUACGUGCAGUAGCAUUCGAUUGACAUGGACUUGCUAUGGCGCGCACGUAAACUGCGGCCCUAUGUCAGGUUAGUCACUGUAUUUGAAUCUUUCUGCAAUAGUCUUGACUGGGCCUCGUUACCGGAAGGUGGCGAGAUUGGAAGGAGCAUGUUCAGCAUUGUAAUCUAGUUCGUACCCGAGUAAAUACUGCUCUCCUCCCCCCUCCUCCCGGUUGUGGUGGUGGCCGUCAUCCUGUUCGACGGACGAUCGAUCCAUGGGCGCGUGGUUCGCAUUCUCUCCCAACCUGGACGUAGUCCUUUCUAAGGAAAAGUCUGGUCAGAACUCCCUCCGCGGAGAACGAACCGGCAGACAGCUUUAGCAUCACUCCGCCGGCAUCUAAUCCCUCCCGUGUCAAAAUCUUGUCUCACUGUAGGAUCCUUUUUCUACUAUGGUUUAAUUGGUGCGCUUUAAUCUGCAGACGAAUCUGCAACACAACAACAACAAGUACUACAUGGGACAACUGCUAGAGGACGAUAAUGCGCCCGCGUACUCUGUCUGGUUCCGUUGGGGCCGGGUGGGCAAGACACGUCAGCACGCGCUCAUCCCCUGCGGCUCCAACCUCCAGUCAGCGCUGGCCAUUUUCACCAAGAAGUUUAAAGACAAGACCGGCAAUUUGUGGGCUGAGAAGAAGGACUUUGUCAAACAACCCGGCCUCUACGACUUAAUUGAACAGGACUUUGGGGUAAGUUCUUUUUUUGUCCGCUUACAUCCAUCUCCUUCAGGAUCUUACUGACUCUGUUCAGCAGGAGGACGGUAAUAAGGAGAAUGUGGAACCAUUGCCAUCGAAGCUUCCUCCAGAGGUCAUGGUAAGCAUUCCUUACUCCGUGCUACCCGACCAUCUUUCCCGCCGUUUUGUCUUUUCGGGGCGUGUGAACCAUGCUAUGUCUGUAGUGUCCCGGUGAAUGUCGACUACUGUUCUAGCUCUGAGCGACAUCUGGCUAGUCGAGAGUAAUAAAGUAACGCUUCCUUUGCCCUCGAUGGUCUUCCCUCCUCAGGCAUCUAGCCAUGAAUGAGCGUACUUGCCUCACGACUUCAGAUUGCCAUGUAAGUUGAAGGCGCGUCGAAUUCGUAUAGAGUGCUACUUUCUAAAAAUCGAAUCCACGUCGAGUUUGAAAAGGUCUGCCUGUUCGAACUCGUGUCACAACAUUCAAACAGCCCUGUUCAGUUCAAAGGUCCUUACACCGAGACGUGGGCACGAAACCCUCACGAACUUUGGCACCAAAUGUCCUCACGGAGUCGUAGGGCGUUCCUAUUGGUUGACUCGCGUCGGUUUGCGACAUCGAGGUCACUUAGCAGUUUGUUGACUUACUGUCCUACAAAAACGAGAUUAAAAUUGUUCCUAAGAAACCACCAGCGGUCCUCUGACGUACCCUGGUCAAAUUUGCCUGCGCUCAAGUCCGCCUUUAUCACCUGUUCGGCUUUAAACACCCAUAAUGCAAGAGCAGGGCUGGAGUAUUGAUUGCAGCUCCGACUUCUCGGGACUUGUAUGCAUGCAUUCCUGAGCUCCUCUUGCCCGCGUAAAACAAGGAGCUGCGCCCACCGGGUAGUUUUUUCUGGUCGCAUCUCAACAGCCUCCGGGGCCUGCGUCUCGGCCAUCAGAAUGGCCAACGCACCAGUCCAUAAGGGGCCCAUGGUGACCGCAAUGAGGUCAUUCGAGAGAUAACUCGGAUCACCGAUGGGGCCCUCACCGACUGCACGCCCGCCCCUUUCCCUUGAUUUUCCGGCUGCGUAUCGUACUUUGUGCUGGCCGCUUAGGUGCUCUAACGCACACACACAUGGUCCUUGCAGUGCCGUUAAAGCCUUGUCGCAAGAGCCCUGCGCUGUUGAUCAAUCCAGCGGAGCCUUCUCCGCACUGAAUGGACAGUCUACCAGAGCGAUUCUGGAAUUUGGUGGCCUGUCAUAUUUCUUCGCAAGCAUCUUGCGGUCCCUCGAGGGUUUUAGGGUCGGUGGGAAAGACAGACUUGUUCGAAUGGAUCGUUCCUCAAUCCCCGUCCUCUGCGUUCAUCGAGUUCCCGCCUCUCUCGGGGACAGUAACUAAUACCACGGGGGCGGUUUCAGGUCACGUGUUUGGUGUGAAAGAACGCGUGGACACAGUGAAGGCAUGAGGCGAGACAGCCUUACGACCAAUUGUUACGCGACAACCAAUUAAUGACAAGCGUGUGGCCGAGCCGUGUCAUUUACAUUUCCACGAUUUAGUCCCGAACGUACCUUCGAUCACCCUUGUACCGCCUUUGCCUCCCUACGCAUGCCUUUUCCUGGAAAAUAGCGGACCCACUUGGCGGCUCAGGAAGUGGUCACUACUAAAUUAGGGUAAUUUUAACCAGUUUUUCAUGUCCAUGUGCUAAUUCAAGUUUGUCUUUUUCUUAGAAAUCCGUCAGUUAAUCGCUUUUCAGAAAUGUACCUCCCUCUGCUAACGAAUAUCAUGAAGGUCCGAUUAAUUAGCCCACCGCGUAACUGGGUCAGUCGUCUAGUUAAGACAAAAUGUCCAAAAACAGAUACAGACCCUAUGUUUUACUGUGAAUUAACUCCACAUAUUAGGGGCACAGUCCGGCUUCUUUGCGCGGAUGAUAGUUCCAAGCCAGAAUUCGGGAAAACAGAGUCGCGGACAUAGCCUGCAUUUCCGAUAGACAAGGAGGCGGUCUGUUAGCCUGAAAUUCAGUCAGUUGGUCUCACAGGCCCAAAGUGGGCUUGGCAGCGCACAGGGCACGUCAUCCGGCGGGGCAGCCUGGCAACAGAUGUCGGACGGGUUGUCCGACGGAAGACGAGGUGGGGCGGUGGGUGGGUGUUAUGUAGAUGACCGUCGGCUGACCCAAGCUAACGUCAAUUUCGCGUGUUCACACCACUUACUCGCACACAGCCAAGGUGCAUGAUAAAGUGUUGAAAUUAACUAAGAAAAAAUCUGCCCUAGCAGUCCAACUGAAUAACCGAUAGUCCAACACUACUUACCACCAAUUGGCAGGCAAGGUGAGUAUGCCAAUGCCUGCAAUCGCGUGUGAUACAAUAGCGCAGCAAACUGUGAUAUUAAGAGGUAUUACUCGAAGGACAUCCCGUGGGCAGAAACGGGACAGGAAGAACCCAGGCGUUGAGUGCCUUCCUAGUCCAUGGUUCUCCAUCUUAACUUUUGAAUAGAAGUACUGUAUAAAUGAAGAAGAAGAGUCGAGUGCCGGAACACUGUGUUUAUUGUCCUGAGCUUUCAGAUUCGUACAGGAGUCCAUCGUCAGAGGUAGCAGCAGCAGCAGAACAAACGACAGUUAUAAGGCACGUAGGCCAAUCAUCGACCGAUGGCGCAAGACUGGAGGUGACUACGCAGGGCUCUGUAUGCCGGCGCCAGAUCGAUAAAUCGAUUGAUCGAGUUCUCACCCGAGGCCCAGGCUUCAAUCAAUUCUCGGCCUGUUUUGGUUCCGGCGUGGGCGACUAUUUUGGUUGCUGCGAAGUUAAACUCGUGACCCAUUUCGUAGGUGUACUGUAAUCAGAUAUACUUCUUUGAGGUUUCUUGGGGACUUUGUGCACAGGUGGGUCAUCGACCUCACUCGGAUUGUUUGUUCGAGGUUGUCUCCUUCAGCGCUUUAGCUCAGGAACCUAACCACAAGGCAGCGGUGGCGAGCAAACCUAUCUUAUUGCGAUUCGUGGCCGCCGCAUCACAGUGUCGUCAGCGGGCUUUGCUGCACUUUAUAAAGCUCUCAAUAAUUUGUCCAAUCACUCAUUCAGUCGUAAAAUCGCAUUGUAGUGGUGUGGACCGAUUAGUAGGAGUCCAUCCUAUCCCAGGCCACUAGAUUGUUAGUUUUUUAGAAUGAAUACUUAGCUGGGCAUGCUUCUUGCGAGCCACUACUUGUCCGGAGAACGAGCACACCAGUCCUCCGCAAACUCGGUCCCAUCUGCCCUGCCGUGUCUAAUCGCCUGUUCGGCUCUCCCUCCCCCUUACAGGCCCUAAUUAUGCUCAUCUGUGACGUGAAGGCCAUGGAACGGACUAUGCGGGAAAUGAAUUAUGACUCAAGACGUCUACCACUGGGCAAACUGACACCUUCCCAGAUCAACGCAGGUUACAAUGCGCUGAGCAUCAUAUCUCAGUGCUUGGACCAGCUGGAGAAGUUGAAGCAUCCGCCACCAUCGACUGAAAUUCCAGGAGCUAAAAAACGGCCGAAGAGGGUGCCCUCAUCCGUUUCCGAGUCCGCACGAAUUCGCCGCGACCUUCUAGAGGCCUGUAAUCUCUUUUACACGCGUGUCCCGCAUGACUUUGGGUUCGUCUCUUGGGGCUUCUAUUAAAAGUGUUUAUGUUCUACUAAUACAACAACAGUAGCAAUGGUUGUGUAACUUUAUAACAGUUUUGUUCCCCUUAUGUACUCGCAUUUGAUCUGCCUGCCGUCAUGGCUGAUCUAGCCAGUUUCAAUGAUGUAGCGGAUCGAACCUCUCCAUGUUUGACAAUCAGCAACAGCAGAUCCGGCGAACUUGACCCAGCCACUUCUCCAAUAACAGAGACCUAACGUUUGCUUUGUCUGCCCUCUAGAAUGCGGAUGCCACCCUUGAUUGAUACUCCGGACGCUGUCAAGGUCGAAUUGGAUCUCAUGAAGUCCUUGCAAGACAUAGAAGUCGCCUUCAACAUCAUUCAGCGUGAAAAUCGAGAUAAUUUACAUCCGGCCGACCGGCAUUACCAAGCACUCAACUGCAACAUCAGUCCGCUGGCUGCAGAGGACAAAAUGCUUGAAGUACGCCCUUCACUUCUUAUUCCAUUUGUCUUCUCGAGUGUGUGCAUUCGAACCGGCAACUUGUUUUUGUUUACCAUUCUUUGUUGGAGUGGAAUAGAUGGGUUUUUUUAACUUCUCGAAACCAUCUACGACUCAGGUGGCCAUCAGCCACUCUCAAGUCUGAUUGGUUAUCCCCCACCGUGUGCGUCAGACACGGCCUCUUCUCCCUCGUCGUCGAUUACAGCGGCGCAUCAGAAGCGUACACUCACCAAAAGCCCAGAGUUCCUCGACAUAUCUCCGCGUUCUCGCUUCAUCCUCUGCUCAGACCACUGCGAGACUCCUAGUUUCCCGACGCGAAAGUAGUUCAGCAGUGCGUCAUUUUCUAGAGACGCGCAGGUAUGCUGGUGGUGCAGUGGAUCUUGAUGACUAGGAUUUACGAAAUAGCAAUUAACGUGAUGCCGACAGUAUGCAUGACUUCGAACCAAGGAGAAAGCCCUCAGAAUCGCAAUCCGUAACUUUGUAUAGUAUAUUUGGGGUAAUAGGCAAUGUCCUUGUGUGUACUAAGGCUGAGGCAGCAGGGAAGGUGCCGAGACGCGCUCUGUAUUGUAGUGUCUCCUGUUGCCGGUGCCUAGAAAGGAACUUGCAAGUUGACGGAAGAUUGGUUAGGUCAGUAACGAAGGUCUUCCUUGCCGUCCCCUUCGCAGAGGGUAGCAUCUACAUUUAAUUUGCGCAAGACGCUCGGUUUUGAUUACUCUCAAGGGUUAGGUCACGCGCGUUUGCCAUGUCGACUUUUGUUUGCUCGUGGCGCCAGUAACAAAAAGAACUCCGCUGCCUGUUUCGCAGACGGUCAAUACAUGUGGUCCAUUGGCCAGAUAGUUUUCAUCAUUCUCCCUCGUUAGCCUCUGCGUCAUAGAUCCCGGGAGGCAAUGGAAAAAUAUCAGUUAGCCGUGUACAGUACAGGAAGAUUUUCACCGAAGUAUGACACCCAUGAGGCUAAGUAUCGUUACACAGUCCUCUUCUUGAAUCUGACGUCCAGUCUUGUGUACUGGCGGUAUAGCGACCCUACUCGGAUCGUCCGCUGCAACACCGCGCCGCUGUCUGACGCAUACUUGCCCGCACUCGUCAGCGAACGUCGUUCAUCUGACAUUGCGGGGCCCUGUAUAAUGAUCCUAUCGCGUCUGGCCAAUGCCUGAACCCCAGAGGCUCCGUCUGGUUUUCAUCCAAUCGCGCCUAUCCAGACCGGCCAAUCAACUUCAAAUCUGACGAUCAAGACACUCGGACGCCUGCCCCCCCCCCCCCCCCCCCUUCAGCGCCGGACCCGCGCCUCUUGCCCAGCUGCCAAUCUGCUGACCCAGCAUAUUCCUCCUUCAUUCUGCACAUAACUCAAUUCUACCUCCACUGGCGUCUAACUUAUCCUCUUCCUACUCGGAACUUGACCUGAAAGUUGUGGUGGUUAGGUUUUGCCGCGACAGAGGUCAUUUGUUACCACUCUUUUUGGGGCUUACGCCGUCACUUCUCGGCCCCCUCCGACUCUCUCUCUUAGGCUGACUUAGGCUUAAGCCUCUUGGUACUUCGCAAAUUCAAUUUCUUAUCUCGUGUCAAGCUCUAGAAAACUCCGAUGUUACCUACGGUGUUUUUGGUACUUCAGUUGCUGAGGCGGGGGACGAGGUGUGUAGGCUGAGCCGCCACCCAAUCAAUUCCGUCUGUCCCUCCCAGCUUCCAUGUUUAUCCCUUGCAGGUGAUCAGAAAUUAUGUGCAGUGGACCCAUGCGCCUACUCACUCCAGCUACGAUCUUGAGGUGCUCAACGUUUUUGCCUGUAACAGACACGGGGAGGACAAGGACUUCCGCGACGUUGGAAGGCGGUACGUGUAUUAACCCUUGGCAGUAAAAGCCCGUUUCGCCCACUUUAUCCGCAGUCACAUCAGUUAGGAUCUGGUUAGGCUGAACCCCCCCUCUAAACUGCCGUCUUUAGGUACCUGCUCUGGCACGGUAGUCGUCUGACCAACUGGAUGGGCAUCCUCGGACGCGGCCUGCGCAUUGCACCGCCCGAAGCACCCUGCACCGGCUACAUGUUCGGAAAGGGCAUCUACUUCGCCGACUGCGCCUCCAAGUCUGCCAACUACGCCUACGCCAGCCGAGAUCGAAAUACCGGUCUUUUGGCUCUGUGUGAGGUGAGGUUCCCUGCCCUCCCCCAACUUCCUUGUUCGUCCAUACAACUUGCGCCGUUCUUGACUCCCUCUUUUGUCUUCUCUUAUUUAAAAGGUCUCACUCGGAGAGUCCAAUGAACUGUUUGAUGCUGACUACAAGGCCGACGCACUUCCAACGGGAAAGCAUAGUGUAAUGGGCGUCGGUCGCAGCACACCCGACCCGCAUACCUGGAUAACCCUGUGAGUCGGCGUAUUUUUACGACGUUCUCUCCUUGGCUUAACUUUUCUAUUGUCUCCGAUAUUUGCCGUCCAAAUGGCUCUACUAUUCGUCAUGUUUGGGGCUGUGGUGUUAGUCUUUCCCAGAGGGCGGCACUGGAAAAUCCAUCUCCACGGCAAAUCAGCGCCUAAGAGCCGCUGCCUGGAGACUUGCCAACUGACUGGAUAAUUCGGUCCUCAUGGGAAGUAUUUUUGAGCCACCGGAGGGCUGAGAGCCAGGCUGCAAUGGCUCCUCCUCGACGGGACCUUUAUGACAUUCUCGCCCACAUGAGGUCCGAUCCGCGUAGCGCAUGUAGCUGGAACAAAGUCGUGUGUAUUGCACGCGUAGACGGGCCGUUUAAAUUUUUCAGUCAGUGCGCCCGCCCUCAUCUUCGACCGUCUUGGCUCUGUCUUGCCGUCAGGGUCUUGUGGGUGAGGGAGGGUAAAGUGCGGUAAAUGCCGCGCAAGUCGACUUCGCAAUGGACGAAUUCCCACCCAAGUCGCCGUUGAUGCACCCGCCCCGUGGGGCACGCGGUGGACGCCGUUGUUUACGACGGACGAACUGUCAGCCCUGCCCCGUCGGCUCACAAAGUCGCAUGAUGCCACCUAUGCAUACACUCGCUUCAGCACACUCCCAACACAGAAGUCGUCUGAUGUCAGCUUGAAUCUUUACAUGAACUUUUUUGACUGGCCGAACAGGUGUGGAUUCUGAGGAUUUACUUUCUUCUCAAAAUCAUCAUUUUAAGCGUUUAGUUCCUGACCGAGCGUUGUUUAGAGGUCUUCAUCUUGCGGAAACUCCUUUUGAGGCUGGCUUUUUGAGGGCAGGCUUGUUGUAUUACCUUCUGCACACAGUUGAGCCGGUGCUCGAACCUUUAAAUGUAUUUUCAGGCGGGAAGUAUUGCAGUGUCGGCCAGCUGUCCCAACUACCACCAACCGAAAACCAGUGCUUAAGCAUUCUGUAUUUCUUUAUCUUAUUAUUGGUGCUCAUAUACAUUUAAGUAUAUAACCCUGAAUGUUUACGUGCAAUUCCCAUUUAUUAUUGUAUAGGAAAUUACGUCUUCUCGAACUUCGCUGUUUGAAAGCGGAGAACACUUUGACCGGGAACGUUCUAGACCUCGUACAUGUUUUAAGAAACAAAAUGUCUUUUCACUUAUAGAACGAUUUCCGGCAUUGGCCAAUUUCAGUUGCUAGGCUGUCGCGCCGCGUCAGGCGUCGUGACUACUGUCAAUAUCUGGCUGGGCUGCUCAUUUAAUCUUCUGCGCUGCCAGGCCCACUGUGGGUCAUGGAGACUAACUUAUUGAAAUUCAAAUUACCAAGCCGUCUUUUUUGUCUUUUCGAAAUGCGGACUAUCUCUACGGCCUUGUUUUACCGAAUUCUGGCUUGGAGCACUUGUUUGUGCAAAUAAGUAGACCGAAUUCACAGUAACGCAUACUUUUUACUUCCGUUGUUCAAUACCUGGGCCAACCCAAGCGGCUGACUUACUUACGCGUAGGCCGGAUUAACGGGAAUCCACUUUUCGCCUGGGGUAAUUGCUCUUUCCAACCAUCACCUCCGUGCCAUGAUUUUAAAUCGUUCAGACGACCGCGUUAAUAUUAACUGCCAGUGUCGUCAUAUGGCUUCCAAGCGGUGUUUGCUGUUUGUGUGUAAACAUGUUUCCUCCAGGAUAUCGAUAGAAUAAUGCCCAACGCUUCCUCCACUUCUCGAGGAAUAUUUUCGCAGGCCCACAAUCCAAUAUCUAUCCCAAUUCUGUUUUCUAUUCGCUGUAAUGGUAAGGAGCGAAUGGAACCACAUGGUCGAGUGAUUUUUCUCGAAAGGGUAAGUCGAAAGGCAGCUGAGAACAACUUGCAAUGACAGGCCGUGAAUGCCCCUUGAUUGCCUCUACACAGGAGGUAUACUGAUGGCAGUAUGCACUUGGAUCAAAAAUAUACCUCCGUCUUCUGAAUACUCUGCAAAUGUGAUGAAGCACUCCACUUGUAGACCAGGAAAUAAGGCCAUUUCGAAAAUAAUGGCGUCCUUUUUGUCCGCAUUCUGGCUUCUAUCACGGCCGAAACUUAAAACUCUGCGAUUCCUUUUUAUUUGCAAAAAUAUUCAGUAACGAAUUGAUCUCAGUAUUAUCCACAAAGACUAGCAGGCUUAGAGUGACCAUCUUGCGACGUAUUUGCCACCGUUAGGUAGUCAAACCCCCUCGCCUGACGCAUCCUAGAUUUAAACCUAGGUCCAGUCAGCCUGCGGUCAACGCCCUAUUAGUUAAGCGCCAGGCUUGUCCUCUCUCGGCUGCGAUUGGGUAUAUUUUGGUCAGAUGAAGUUGACUCCCACCGAUUAGGCCGAGUAGAACGUCACGCGAGUGUCCCGUUUGGUCUUCUGGUCUGUUCUAAAGCCCUCAAACUGUCUUGUAACCACAAGGACUACCAGCAUGCGUGUUAUUUGCUGUCCUUCACUCCGCAUUUACGUUGAUUGCACAGCAGUUGGCCGUAACUGAGAUACGGGGGCGGGUGUCGUACUUUACGCCUACGUUCGUGCUACUUAUUUUCAUCGAGUAAUUGGGAUUUAUGUAUUAUAACUUUUGUGCAGUCGAUGUGCGUCUGCUCUUAGGGGGGGAGGGGGGGAGGGUUCUUGUAUUUUACACCAGUGCAAGUCCCUUUUGUAAUGCUUGAUGUCGUGCUCCAUACUUGUUAGAAACCCCCUACGCUGCCCCAUCUUUACCUAUAAAAUGCUAUCCUUUCAUUUCCCUCUCUCACUUUGGUUGACUUCAGGUCAGACGGAGUUGUUGUGCCGUGUGGCCGACUCAUUGAGGCUAACCCGCCCCAACAGACAAGUCUCCUCUACAAUGAGUAUGUAGUCUACCGGCACGACCAGGUUCGCCUUCGCUAUCUGGUGCAGUUGCGUUUCAACUACAAGUACUAA